UCUGUGUUCUUCCCCCUUUCAGCCUUCACCUACCUCAAAGGGCUGCAGCGAGCUUUCUUUACCACAUUUCAUGCAUCACUCCCUCUCUCUCUCUAUCUCUCGUUGUCUCUCUGUCUCCACACACAAACACUCACACACACACACCCAUGCUGUCACACGAUUCGAAAGCACCCUAAAUUAAACAAUCUAGUAGCAGGUUUUGUGUCGGGGCACCACAAACAUUAUCUGCAGGUCACAACUUGGGAAACCAGCAGCACUGUGAGCGGUCUGCUAGCUUCCUGUCACCACAGACGACGCUAACAUUUUACAGUCAAGCAAGAUCAAGGCAAUACAGACUUCCUGUUACGUCUCCAGUAUCCUGAAUAUAAAUCUACCCAUGGAUCUUCUUCUGAUGGCAACUUCAUAACUGCUUUAAAGUACAAGGAUUGCAAAAUUGUGCCUGCAACUGUGACACCAAGCUAGCGGCAUUUUUCUACUUACCAGGAAAUUUUCUAAGGAGGAAUGACUGACGCCAUCUCAUCAUCCGAUCAGACUGUACUCAUCCUUUUUUUCUGCCUGAUAGGUUUACUUUUGUUGCUGAUCUUCUUGUACAAAAAGUUGAACAAGCAGGCCAAUGGAGAAUACACUGUGCGACGCAUGGUGUAUAAGGAGGGAGGGCUCAGGGACCAGGUGAGAGGAGCAGCUUUAGCUCUGGGGUCACGCCUCGGAGUCCAGCUGUGGCCUCAGAGCGACACUGAAGAGGAUGAGGAGGAAAUGCAGGAAAUCCGAGAUGAGGAGGGACAGGUGGAGGAGGGAGGUUCCCAGGGGAGUGACAGCGAGGGAGAUGACCAGGAGGAGGAGGAUAGUGAGGAGCAGUGUGACAAGGCAAAGGGAAAAGGAGGUGACACCACAGAUGAUAACUCAAGUGUGGAGAGUUCAGAGGCAGGGGAGCAAGCCAGGCUCACAGAUAAGGCAGACGCGAAGGGAGAGACAGAGGAGAAAGUGGGAGACAAAGGAGAAGCAAGUGGAGGGCCCGGACUGUUGAUAGAUCUAAAGCAGUUCUCUGGAAGUGCCAUCUGGUCUGAGGAAGAGGGAGGUGAGGGCAAGGAAGGUGAUACGACUGCACUGUAAGGUCAAAAUUAA